CCAGGACUGAAGAGCCCUGAAAACUGGGAGGACUGGAGUGAUGAGUAGGGAAAAAAGGCUUGCAAGAAAUACGUAACAAAAAUUUGUGAAACAUUUUGACUUUUUGUCCCUUCUGUGACCAACUAUACAGAACACUGAUGUCAAACAUGUCCCUUGAGUCAAAUAUCCCAGAGGAGCAGGUCUUCUGUCCCCAGCUUGAAAAGAUGAGGGAACAUGUACUCAUUAACAACACACAGGUCAAUAUGGCUGUUGUUUGCAUCCACGGACUGGUCUCUGGCCUGGGGAUUUUGGAGAACGCCUUGAUCAUCUGGGUGGUGGGCUUCCGCCUGAGGCAGCGCACCGUGGCCUCCAUCUGGGUGCUCAAUCUGGCCCUCUCUGACUUCCUGGCUACCCUGACACUUCCCCUAUUUACUUUAUACCUCAACUCUCGUCACAGCUGGGAGCUUGGUAACCCACUUUGCAAAGUACAGACUUCCAUCUUUUUCAUCAACAUGUUUGUAUCGGCCUUCCUGCUGGCAGCCAUUUCACUGGACCGCUUACUUCUAGUGACGAAGCCAGUGUGGAGCCAAAAUCAUCGAUCAGUGGCAGGAGCGUGGAAAGUGUGCAUAUUGGGUUGGCUAUGGGCUGCAGUUAAUUCAUUGCCCUAUUAUAUUUUUCGCUCAGUAACUGAAACAAAGCACACGAGAAAGUUGUGCUACCAUAAUUUCGCCAUGUAUUUAUCCUCCAAUGCCACUCUUGAGACAGAGUGCAAUGUGAGGCAGUGGACCACAGCUAUGUCCAAGCUGCUGCUAGCAUUCCUAUUCCCACUGGCAGUGAUUGCGGGAAGCUACAUCAAAAUUUGUCUUAGUCUGAGGAGCAGAAACAGGAGAAGGAAGCAAAGUACCUGCAGACUAACUGAUGAUCUGAUUAUGUCAGACAGAAAUCAAGAAUCGGGAACUAAAAAGGGAAGAACUAUAACCACAAAAAUGAUCUCUCUCAAGCUUCUAACCCCUAGUCCAGCUUUAACCACAAAAGAAGGCCCCUUAACCCCCACCACCCCUAAUCUGACGAAUCAGAGCCAGCUAUCCCAGAGUUUCUCCAAAAUGGUGACGUCUGUGAUUGCGGCAUUUGCACUGUGCUGGGCUCCGUAUCACAUCUUCUGUAUGAUUGAAGUGGCAGCUCAAUAUAAGGAAGAAUGUCUCAAACUAGUGGAGGGGGCUACCCCUAGCUACAACAUUGGCAUUCUUAAAUCCAAUAUUAAACCCCAUCCUCUAUGUCUUCAGUUGCCCACACUUCUGCGUGAGAAUACGGCAGAGUCUGGGAGCAGUGUUUGAUGGACUGGUCGAAGAAAGAGGGGGAUUACUGAUGACCCCAAGAAAGAGUUUAAUAAAUCACAUUAGGAGGAGGAGCAGUCGAGAUGUUAACCUAGGAACGCCAGUGUCACCCUGUCAGUCAGACGGCAUGCAGCCCCCUUUCAU